UUCAGUUACAGUUUCAGUUUCAACUCUGCCAGCCGGCUGCAGCAGCUUCCACUUCCACCUCCAGUUGUGUGCACAUUCGAUCAUGUUGUCCUCCCGCCAAGUUUCCUUGCUCCUCAGCUGCCUCCUGCUGCUCCUGACGGCUGUGCAGGCUCAGUUUCUUUAUCAUCAGACGCUGGGUCUGCCCGCGAAGGCAUCAUAUGAGCCGGAAUCACCAUAUGUGGGCUUCGCCACAGCAGAUGCGCAUCCGUCGGUGGUGCAGAAUGCCCAAUGGGAGUCCGAACUGCCCGCCGAACUCUCGAAGAGUGCACGUUUCUUCAACGAUCCGGUGAUUGCAGCCAAUCUGGCCAAAUCAUCGCUGCUGACAAGCAAGGAGAUGGCCGUUCAGCAUCGGGAGGCGGAAAAGAUACCCCGUGAACAGGUCUACAAGCUCUUCAAAAACGCUGGCUAUCUGAGUCGCAGAUAGACAGAAAAGCCCGAAGAUUUUCCAUUCCACAUGUGCCUUGUUGUAUUUUAGUUAGUAAUUUGUUAAUACAUAUGUUUAUGAUAUGA